ACGACCGCGGCCUCUCACGUUCCUCUUCUAGCUGCUGCCUACAGUCUAGAAUCAACGUCGUGGACCGGCGGGGUCCUUCCGUUGACGACCAGAGUCCGGAGACAAGGAUUCCGCGACGUCUCGUCCCCCGAGGUUCGGGUGCAUGCCGAAUACAUUCAAGUCUCGCAUAGCCUCACAUGCCUCGCUCAUGCACCGGAACUUCGUCGCACAACGAGUGAGGUAAUGUGCGAUCCUGUGUCUAUCUUGCGGGAGGUUGUGAGUUCACAGAUAGCUCACAUGCCUUUCCACACUCUGCAGAGGACCCCCACGGGGAGUAUGGUGAACCUCGAGAUCCUAAGGCAAUCCUGCCUCGGACGGCAUCCAGGACAAUGCCAAGCCUCAGCGAGCCCUACCCCAGCGACCCCACAAAGAAGGCCCGGACAUGCGCGUCACCUUUCACAUCGCGCGCGUACUUACCUCCGCGCAUUGAAUUGCGUCUCCAGGCGGACGGUCCCGCUUCUCCAACAUGGAUCCCUCGGCCGACUCGCAUCUCAGGCGUUUGAGGCCUUCCGAGCCCGCGUUCGGCGUGCGACUGAUCCGCAGCACACGUUUUACGCCCGCCGGGAGCGUGGAGGCCUCGGGCAUCGCCUCGACCCUUCCGUCCCGGGGAGCGGGCGCGUCCGUUGCAGGGUCCAGGCAGAGCGCAGGAUGACGGGGGACGUAAGAUAUAUAAUCUGCGCCUGCGCGACGUGUCCUCAUCGACCUCUCUUCGACCCCACUACCGCGGUCUGCGUCUGGAAUACGACCGUCUUCGCGGAACGCACUUCGUCCUCGCAACCCACACUCUUUUUCAAAACGUAACACGCGCCCCGACAUCCGGACACACGCCCAUUUACUAACCGUACACCUGGAAGACAAAAUGUUCGCAACCGCCACCCGUUCCCUGCUCUUCGUUGUCCCCGCGCUCUUUGCCGCACUCGCACUCGCCGCGCCGUUCAAGGGCGUUCCGCCCUCGGCCGCUGCAGGUGGCCAGAUUGCGGUACGUGACGGGGGGUCCCGCUUCACGUACUACGACGCAGGCGAGAACGCGUGCGGAUCUACCGAUUCGAACACCGCCUACAUCAUUGCAUUGAGCCCUGCGCAAUUCAACAACGGAGCUCACUGCUACAAGAAAGUUACCGUCGAGUACGACGGCCAGCAGGUCGAGGCGACGGUCACCGACGAGUGCCCAGGAUGUCAGGGCACGCAGGCCGAUCUCUCGCGCCCUUUGUUCGCGCGCCUUGCGCCUACGGACGAGGGUGUCAUAUACGGCAACUGGUGGUUCAACUGAGCAUCGUUCUUGACGACGUUUCCGCCGUGGAUUACGACGGUCUUUAUCUGGAUUGACAUACCUAUCUCACUGCUGUCGCUCGUUGCGUUGCUACUCGUUGCUGUCAGCUCUCACGCGCUCGCUUGUCCGCUCUUUGCAGAGCGACAGGGAGGGCUCGUCGUUCAUUGAUAUAUGUGGGUCUAUUUUACAGGUUAAGUUAGUGGAUUGGCCUCGGCGGUCGCUGUAUUCUCGUACGGCUGUACCUUUACCUUACCCUACGUGGUGUAUAAUGUAUAAUCUCAAUGUGCUAUACAUGGCGAGGCAUUGCUGCCGUCUUGUCUUCGCUCUGCGCCACGACAGUCCAUGUCGGUCUUUGAAUUUUAAGUGGUGUAGGUGUCAAGAGACCAUCCAUUAGGGGCUGUAUGCGAGAGGCGGAGACUAUGAUACAGGGAGGGAGCACUGGACGGGAGCGGGUGUGUUCAGGCUAUGGCCGCGGCUUGUCCGCCCAUAUUGGCUUCUGCGAGUCGGGGUCGAUUGACUGCGCGUUCUCCUGCGCCUUGGUCGCGGUCUCUCUUGCUAACCUUGCUGCACGGUUCGCGUCGACCUUUCGUCUCAGGUCCGGGGACAUGGCGGCGUACGUCUGUUCCGGGGUGGGAACGGUGGCUUUCAUGAUCAUGUAGCCAACGCCAAUGAUGCCGACGGUGGACAGCGUGAGACGAAGCCACGGGAAUGGUGGUGCGGACAUUUCAGACUAGCUUUGCGAAAUCUUGUACUGAAACCCGUUGCAGAAACAAAUGGGCCGACGAGAAGCUACAAGCACAGGGCAGACGGACGCGCAGACGGAGGUCCGGAC